AUGUCCAUCAAGGAUCAGAAGGACUGGGUCUUCAAUAGUCGGCUUGAGCCGAACAGGGUUCAUAUCAGCGACCCACCAGACUCGCUGCUGAGUGCGCCAUUCCACCCACUAGACGGACCUGGGCGGUCCCUUGUAGAGCCGAACAGGGUUCAUAUCAGCGACCCACCAGACUCGCUGCUGAGUGCACCAUUCCGCCCACUAGACGGACCUAGGCGGUCCCUUGCAGUGCCAGACAGGGUACAUAUCAGCGACCCACCAGACUCGCUGCUGAGUGCACCAUUCCGCCCACUAGACGGACCUAGGCGGUCCCUUGCAAUGCCGAACAGGUUUCAUAUCAGCUACCCACCAGACUCGCUGCUGUGUGCGCCAUUCCGCCCACUAGACGGACCUGGGCGGUCCCUUGUAGAGCCGAACAGGGUUCAUAUCAGCGACCCACCAGACUCGCUGCUGAGUGCACCAUUCCGCCCACUAGACGGACCUAGGCGGUCCCUUGCAGUGCCAGACAGGGUACAUAUCAGCGACCCACCAGACUCGCUGCUGAGUGCACCAUUCCGCCCACUAGACGGACCUAGGCGGUCCCUUGCAGUGCCAGACAGGGUACAUAUCAGCGACCCACCAGACUCGCUGUUGAGUGCGCCAUUCCACCCACUAGACGAACCUGGGCGGUCCCUUGCAGUGCCAGACAGGGUACAUAUCAGCGACCCACCAGACUCGCUGCUGAGUGCGCAAUUCCACCCACUAGACGGACCUGGGCGGUCCCUUGCAGUGCCGAACAGGGUUCAUAUCAGCGACCCACCAGACUCGCUGUUGAGUGCGCCAUUCCAACCACUAGACGGACCUGGGUGGUCCCUUGCAGUGCCAGACAGGGUACAUAUCAGCGACCCACCAGACUCGCUGUUGAGUGCGCCAUUCCAACCACCAGAUGGACCUGGGAGGUCCCUUGCAGUGCCAGACUCGAUUCAUAUCAGCGACCCACCAGACUCGCUGCUGAGUGCGCCAUUCCAACCACUAGACGGACCUGGGCGGUCCCUUGCAGUGCCGAACAGGGUUCAUAUCAGCGACCCACCAGACUCGCUGCUGAGUGCGCCAUUCCGCCCAAAAGACGGAUCUGGGCGGUCCCUUGCAGUGACGAACAGGUUUCAUAUCAGCGACCCACCAGACUCGCUGCUGUGUGCGCCAUUCCGCCCAAUAGACGGACCUGGGCGGUUCUUUGCAUUGCCAGACAUGGACCAUAGCAGCGGCUCACCUAUGGCUGCUCUGUAG